UCCGCUCCGCUCUCUCCGGCCGCAGUCACCACAACCAAUGGGCGCCGUCUCGGCGUUGGCGGACGUCGUGGUGGCGCCCUUCUCACUUAUCAUGGCGGUCGCGGCCCCACUGUUCGACUCCCAGGUCGUGCUCCCGCGCCGCCUCUACCCGGCGCCGCUCGUGGACAUCCACCAGUGGUUCACCGUCGCGUUCGGCCACUACCUCGUCGCCGAUCCGCCGCCUUUCUUCCUCGGCCUCGUCUGGCUCGACCUGGCCUUCCUGUGGCCCGUCUGCGUCGCCAACCUCUACGGCAUCCUCACGCGCCGCCGCUGGUCGGCCGCCACCUCGCUCAUGGCGGGGGUCUACAUGCUCACCUACUUGUCCGCGAUACUCGGUGACAUGUUCGGCUCAGGAAAAGCAACGCCGAGGCUGCUUCAGCUGUAUGUUCCGUUCAUCGUGUUUGCUGUAACUGCAGUCUUGCGUGGUCUCUGCUCAUGCUCAGUGCCGUUUACUGCUGUUACAUCGGCUGCAUCAGCUCAGAAGAAGAAAGCCUAGAUUUUCUUUUUGCGGGUAAAAGAAAGUCUACAUUUAAAUUUGUAUUUAUCAUAUUUCAAGAUUCAAGAAGAAAGUAGUCAAGUUCAAAUCGAUGUAAAUGUAUAAGUACUUGUUAAAAGACUGUGUAUCUUUCCUUCCAUUAUUAAGCACUAGCACCGUAAAAUA